GGCAAAUGAAGCCGAAGGGCAACAAAUACACUCUUAUGAACAUUGACUUAGACGAGGUCAACCGUGCAGAUGUCAAAUACGAGGUUAAUAUUCCAUACGACACUCUGCUGAUAUAUUACCAGUCAGAAAUACAGGUGGUCUGACUAGCUGAAAUGAAGCUUGAGAGAAUUAUUGACUACAUUCCAUGCUCAAUCACCUCAGCAGGGGUCCAUAGCACAGGUGUUUACCUCACCAGCAACCGUAGAAGGGCUUCAGAGAUUUUUAUCCAUGACAGAGAGACUAUAUGCCAUCCUAUAAAUAUUGCGGUAGAAUCUUGUAUCUUGGCUCAUUUGGCAUGCGAAUAUGAUGACGAGCCCUAUAUUGUUGUUCUCUGUGCAGAUUUUACCCUUAAAAUUUAUUCAGCAAGAUCUGGAGAAAGAAUAGUCGAUAAGAAGAUAGCCAUCCUAGCUGAGCUGAGUCCGAUAUCCUUCUCAUUAUCCAUUCUUGAGGAAACUAAGUGGAUCUGCAUUUGUGUGGAUGGCAAAACACUAGUAUUCGUUGACAUGCGGGAUUGGCAUGCAAGUUAUCCCAUCUCAGAACAUUUUGAAGGUAUCGAAAUGGUAAUGGAGCUUAACUCUAGAGGUCCUUAUUGAGUUAUUGUCUGGAACGAUGUUGAGAGCGACAAACACACUAAAACCCAGUCAAAAGUUAUCUCAUUGAUGAAACUUCCUCCUGAAAAUGAUGAAGGAACUUUUGACUGUGAACACCAUCGAAUUCCAGUCGAUGGCGAGACUGACAUGCUUGAUUGCGUUUGAGCAGAUGACUCUUUAUUGAUUUUGUUGCAGAGUGGAAGUGCUAUCAAGCUUAUACAGUUUAUAAACCAGGACCCAUCACCAAGAUUCAACUUUAUUAACGAAUUUAUUGAGACUAAAUACCAAUUCAUUUUUGCUAGGAUAAUUCCAGAAACUUUUUAUAGUGAGGAGGACAGCCUGGAAGCAGGGGUCAAUGUAUACUUGUUCUUCCCAAAAUGACAAAAUAUUGGAAUUUAUGAAUUUCAUCAAAAUCCUGAGCUUAUUGGAUCAAUCGAGCAUGCUGAGAAGUUUAAUGAGCAUAUCAAGCUUACAUCGAAUAGGAAUAUGCUGAAAAGCAACUCUAGGGAUACUGGCUCGGAGAUUUUUAACGAUAAUGAUAUCUCCAAAUUGCUCAAGCAAGGAUAUUUAGAGCAAAUCGGCAGUACUCUCCUGCUCAAGCAGCCUGGGACAGAUGGGUACCACACAAAUAUGGGUGAUCUAAGGGACUUUAUCGAGAAAUGGUCAAGUAAAUUCGAAAGCAAGAUCAACAACGUAAUUAUUGACUCUGUGCUGAAGUAUUUCAACCCAGAAAAAUACGGUAGCACCUUUGAAACCAAGAGGUCAAUUAUGAACAAAGCUGAAGAAGCUGAGAAGUCCAUUCAGAGCUUAGUCAAGCUGUACCAUUAUAUCUUGCACAGGCGGAUUUUGGAGGGAAAAGAGAAGCAAAUUAACCUUAGAGCUGAUAAACUCAAUAUUUCUGAUAUCUCUGAUAUCAAAAUGAUCGAAAAGAGAUGUGUCCAGAUAGAAUCUAAUGUCAGGUUCCUCAAAUACAUGAAUUGGUUCACUGAGCACGACUUCUUUAUUGGCUAUUACGAGAAACUAGAGAGUCUCCAAGGCAAGCACAAGGAGAGAAAUGAAUCUAAGAUCCAGCACUAUAAGAGAAAUUUCGAUCAAUCUAUUAAGAACUUUAUUCUUGCUGAUUCACUGUUUAUUGACAAGAUCAUUGAAGAGACUGUUGGCAGUGCAGGAGCAGCUGACUAUAGGUCAAUACUAAGGAGCAACAAGCUAACUGACUUUCAAUACAACGUUAAUAAUGAGGACCAGGUUCCACCUGUGGCUUUGUCUUAUCCUCUGAACGGAAUUGAAGAUUUUAUUAUCUUACUGAAAUCUACCAAUAUUGACAAGAUUAAGGAUUAUGUGGUGUUGUAUACUUUGCUAGACCUGGACUUCCCAGCAGACUCUACUCCUAUAAUCCAGCUGGUAAACUCCUUGCAAUGUGAAGACUCGCUAAAGGAGAUUAUGUUCUAUUGGAGGCUUGAAAGCUCUUACAUUGAUGAGUCUAACCUCCAGUAUACUAUAAAGGAUGUGCAAGGCCUCGAAUUUAUUCCAAAAGAAUGGACUCCAUCAGUACUCCAAACACUGCUUGAGCUGAAACAUUUCAGUGCAAUGAGAAUAUGGCAGGAUUGGAGUCAGACUAGUCCGAAUAGCCAGGUAGUCCAAGCUCUUGACCCUAAGAUGCAGAAGACCUUUGAACUUAUGAUAUAUUCCUUAUGCGAAAGCGGGAAGUACAACCAAGCUUUCCUAUCCUUACUGGAAAUUGAAGAGAGGGUCAACCCAAUCAGAUACAAAAAUAUUUUCAAGCUGUUCAUUGGACACAUGAUUUCAAAUGGCAAAUUUGAGCAUCUAUGAUCUUAUCACUUAAGCGAGAGACAGGAAGAUCUUGCCAAAGAGUACUUCAAAAGUAGGGACAGUGGCAUGCACCAGAUCUUCUACCUCUCCUUCAUUGCUGCAAGAGGAUCCACACUUGAAGGACUUAAAAAUGCUGUAAAAUUCUUUGACAAACUUCAGAGUGAAAGUCAGAAUAUCAAUAGCUUCGGAGCAGAGGAAGCAGGGAUUUUGGUCCCAAUUGUAGGAAUGUUGAUAAAACUUUAUGCCCAUACACUCCCUCCAAUCCAAAAGAAAUUCGCAUUUGAUUACUUAAAAUUGGAGCAAGGGAAGUUCCAGAUUGCUUUGAGCACUAAAAUGGCUAAGGAGAAUAAUAUCAAAAUGGAGACUGAUCAUGAUUACGAAGGAAGUUCAGCUCAUUUCUCGGACCAAGGGAGGUACACCCCAUUCUUGAGCAGACAAGUAGAUGACAUAAUGAAAUCUGAAAUCCCAAAGGAAUUUGAGAGAUCUUUCGUAGCCCCUCGGCCAAGAGACACCGAAGGCAAGACUAGCAUCAUCAAGAAUUUCCCUCGUGAAGAGACUAGGGAAGCUCCUUCAGGAAUGAACGUGUUGGAGAAGAUAGGAAUGCAAACGCCAAAGCCAGACCCGAAGUUCCUCUCUAUCCAGAAGAGAGACCACUUGUUGGACGACCACCACCAUGAAGACAUCGUCUUCAGCGAGCAAGAUGAAGAUAUCUCUGCUGGCAAAGCAACUGUAUCUAAAUGGAUGACCAACUUGAAGAACAAGAAUGAUGAGAGGAAGAACUACAGGACUCAAGAUCCACUGAUUUCAGUUUCUAAGGAGAACCCUUUCGCUAAGAAAAGAGGCUACGGAGAUAUGGACCUUAUUGAUUCCUUCAGAGGUAGGAAGUCCAAGAAUGUGCCAAGCUCCAGUCCCUCACAGAGUGAGAAAGAGCCACAGGAUUUCAGAAGAAUCACUAAGGAAUCUUUACUAGCUGGACUACCUGACAGAGUCCUUAAUUUGUCCACAAAAGAUGUCAAGCAAGAGAAAAAUGAGGAAGAUAAAGAAGAACAGAAGUCUGAAGUGAACUCAGAUGAGAAAUAUACACCUUCUAGCUCUAAUAGGGAUGUAGAAAUGGACCCAGAUGAUGGCUACAAGUCUAGCCAAAAUCAUAAUAAUAGCAUUAAAGAAGAAAUUGAGCAAAUUGAUAUUGAUGAUUCUGAGAAUUAUGGUGAUCAACAAGAAAGCGACAUUGCUGUAGAAGACGAUAUUGUUGUAGACCCUUCUCCAGCUCCUUCAAGUAAAAAUUUGGAUGAAGUGUCUGGAAUGAGCCCUUCAGGGAACAACAUUUCUCACGAAGCUUUUGGACAUCAAGAACCAGAUAUCCACUUCGAUCCAGAUCCUGAGUCACUAAUAAUUCCUAGAAAGUCUUCUUCGAGCGAGAAGAAGUCCUCUUCAAGUGAGAAGAAGUCCUCUUCAAGUGAGAAGAAGUCCUCUUCAAGUGAGAAGAAAUCUUUUUCAAGAGAGAAGGAAUCCUCUAGGCAGAAAGGCAAUAGUCAAGAAGGAGAAGACAAUAUCAACGAUAAUGAGGCAAAUGAUGAUAAUGAAGACAAUGAAGAUGCUGAUAUGCAACCAGCUGAGCUGUCCUCAAUCCACCUAAGUACUCCUCCAAAAAAGAGAAGAAUGAGUUUUGAGAUGCAGAAGCAAAACCUCUUCGAAUUCCCUUCUGACCAACAAAACGAUUAUGAGUUUGAACUCUUGGGUGACCCUAACACACAUGACCCCAACCCAGUAGGUAUCCGGCCAAGAUGGUCGAAGGCAAAUGACGAUAUCGAACUUGAGAAGAGGAAGAAGAUUGCUAAAAGAAAGAGGAUCAUGGGUUUCUUGUACGGAGGUAACAUGCCACAUCUGAGGAGAAAUACUUCUAAAUACAAAGAUAUUAACGUUGGCUCAGACCAUUCCCCUGCGAAGGAUCUCGAGAGCCAGCAGCUGAUGUCUUCACAAAAGAAGAAUGAACUUGAGAGGAUCUCCUCGAAGGAAGAACUUAGCUCAAAAGGGUCAAGAAAGCAUAGAAGAGAAGAAGACAAAGAGCAUAAUGAGGAAGUUGAGAGGGAUGACAGGAUUUAUAGCGAACAAGUUUACAAUCAGAAUAGCUCUUUCAACUCAAAAGCUUCGAAUAGGAACAUCGGGGAGGCGACCAGAUCCCAAGCUCAGGCUAUCAUGAUGGAGGACAGAGUCACAGAUUCAGCAAAUCUUCUUGAGAAAGUAAAGAGAGUUGUCCAACAAGACAAUGUGAAAGAGCAGGCUGACAACUUAGAUGUCGUCCAGGAAGAGAGUUCAGAGAGAUCAGUCGUCAGUGGAAUAGCUAUUAGCUCAAAUAACAGCCAAGCUGCACCUCCUGCAAACGAUGGAGAGCCAGAUAUAGUUUUCGAAGCGCUAUCCAGCAAGAGCGGUGAGAAUAAGAACUCUCAGUCAAACGGGUCUCAAAACCAGAAUGAGCCAAGUCCAAUGAGAACUAGAGCUCAAGCCGUUAUCUCAAAGAAUAAAAGGAAGAAAUAUCAAGGGAAAAAGAGGAAGUUCUAAUCACAAAGGUGAUAUAAAUUUUUA